CGCUGCGGCUGGGAGUCGGGCGGGGAGGGGUCGCUGCCGCCGGCGUCAUGGGCAAUUGCCACACGGUGGGGCCCAACGAGGCGCUGGUGGUGUCAGAACAAUGAGCUUUGGCAUCGCUUUUCCCGUAAUGGGGAGUAAGAAGAAAGCAAGAGAAGUUGUUCCAUACGAGUGACGGAGGGGUUUCCUGUUUCCCUCCUUUCUCCUGGGGCCCAGCUCAUUUUGAUUCUCCUUCCCAUCACCAUCCUGUCUCCAUGAAGUCACUGGAAGAGGGUGUGCAAUCACCAGAGACCCUCCCGAUACGACCUGCUACCAUCUGUAAUGGUUAUGCUCCCAAAGGCAGCAACCAGAGUGGCUGCUGUGGCUCUGAUCUAAAGCAGUAUGUGUUCGGAGGCUGGGCCUGGGCUUGGUGGUGCAUUUCUGACACACAAAGGAUUUCCCUAGAGAUAAUGACGUUACAGCCCAGGUGCGAGGACGUAGAGACGGCGGAGGGGGUAGCUUUAACUGUCACAGGUGUGGCACAGGUGAAAAUAAUGACAGAGAGAGAGCUUCUGGCUGUGGCCUGUGAGCAGUUCUUGGGGAAGAACGUCCAAGACAUUAAGAACGUGGUCCUUCAAACGCUGGAGGGGCAUCUGCGAUCCAUCCUAGGCACCCUGACAGUGGAACAGAUCUAUCAGGAUCGGGAUCAGUUUGCCAAGCUGGUGCGGGAGGUGGCAGCUCCAGAUGUGGGCCGCAUGGGCAUCGAGAUCCUGAGCUUUACCAUCAAGGAUGUGUAUGAUAAGGUGGAAUAUCUGAGCUCUCUGGGUAAGACUCAGACAGCCGUUGUUCAGAGAGAUGCUGACAUUGGUGUGGCAGAGGCUGAGCGAGAUGCCGGCAUUCGGGAGUCGGAGUGCAAGAGGGAAAUGCUGGACAUCAAGUUCAUGUCAGACACUAAAACGGCCGAUUCCAAACGGGCCUUUGAGAUGCAGAAAGCCGCCUUCAGCCAGGAGAUUAACAUUAAGACUGCCGAGGCCCAGCUGGCCUACGAGCUGCAGGGUGCUCGGGAGCAGCAGAAGAUCCGCCAGGAGGAGAUUGAGAUCGAGGUGGUGCAGCGCAGGAAGCAGAUUGAUGUUGAGGAGAAAGAGAUCAUCCGGAUGGACAAGGAGCUGACGGCCACCAUCAAGCGUCCGGCAGAGGCUGAGGCGCACCGCAUGCAGCAGAUCGCCGAGGGCGAGAAGGUGAAGCAGGUUCUCCUUGCGCAGGCCGAAGCAGAGAAGAUCCGCAAGAUUGGCGAGGCAGAGGCCUCUGUCAUCGAAGCCAUCGGGAAAGCAGACGCGGAGAAAAUGAAGCUGAAGGCAGAGGCUUACCAGCAGUACGGCGACGCGGCCAAGAUGGCUCUGGUGCUGGACGCUCUGCCCCAGAUCGCUGCCAAGGUGGCCGCUCCGCUGGCUAAAGUGGACGAGAUUGUUAUUCUCAGCGGGGACAAUAACAAGGUGACGUCCGAGCUGAGCCGCCUGCUGGCUGAGAUCCCUGCGUCUGUGCAUGCCCUCACUGGUGUUGAUCUGUCCAAGAUCCCCCUGAUCCAGAAAGCCACGGGAGCCCAGGCAUGAGGCUGGCCAGUCCAAAGCUAAUGAAGACAACCCCCUGUUAUGCACUCUUACAUCAACUGCCUUUAACACUUGGGAAAUCCUUUUAUAUCAAAGACAAUUGGAAGUUCAUUUUUAAGCUCUGGUGCCUUAUUUUGUAGGACCAGAAUGAUGCAUGUUAAAUUGGCCUUUUUUUCUUAAGGGGAAUUUAUUUUGUAAGUUUAAUUGUGUGUUGUAUUAGUCUGGAGUGUCGAUUUGAAUCCUCAGUUAUAAUUGG